AUGAUUCCUGGUCAGCAGUGGACCAUAGGGUCUGAAACAAGUGGAGUCCAGGAAACUAACAGCAGGUACAAGAAGCUCAUAGGACCCUUGGGAGAAUCAUCAAGAGACAAAAACAUCACAACACAUUGUUAUCAGCCUGGCCAAAAUAAACAUGAAAGAUAUACUCCUAAGAGCUAUAAGGUGAAAGGAGCAGAAUGUGGAAAAGCCUUUAACUGGUACUCAAACCUUGCUACACAUAAAAGAAUUCAUACAGGAGAGAAGCCCUACAAGUGUGAAGAAUGUGGCAAAGCCUUUACCCUCCGCUCACAUCUUACUGAACAUAAAAGAAUUCAUACAGGAGAGAAACCAUACAAAUGUGAAGAAUGUGGCAAAGCCUUUAGCUGGUGCACAGUAUUCAGUCGACAUAAAAGAAUUCAUAGUGGAGAGAAACCCUACAAAUGUGAAGAAUGUGGCAAAGCCUAUACCCAGUGCUCACAACUUAUUCUACAUAAAAGAAUUCAUACAGGAGAGAAACCCUACAAAUGUGAAGAAUGUGGCAAAGCCUAUACCCGGUGCUCACACCUUAUUCUACAUAAAAGGAUUCAUGAAGGAGAGAAACCAUACAAAUGUGAAGAAUGUGGCAAAGCCUUUACCCACUGCUCACAUCUUACUGAACAUAAAAAAAUUCAUAGAGGAGAGAAACCGUACAAGUGUGAAGAAUGUGGAAAAGCCUUUAGCUGGUGCUCAAACCUUACUCUAUAUAAAAGAAUUCAUACAGGAGAGAAACCCUACAAAUGUGAAGAAUGUGGCAAAGCCUUUACCCACUGCUCACGUCUUACUGAACAUAAAAGAAUUCAUACAGGAGAGAAACCCUACAAACGUGAAGAAUGUGGCAAAGCCUUUAGCUGGUGCACAGUAUUCAGUCGACAUAAAAGAAUUCAUAGUGGA